GGCGCGUUUAGAGUUUGUAGUUGAUGACAACAUUUUCCACUGUGCCAAAAAAGCCUCAAACUCAUUAUGAUGGCAACCCGAAACAACACUGCCGGUGCUGCUCCAAACAACAAAGUGAAAUACUCGAGGCUGGCAGACAGCGAUGAAGGCUACAUCGAUCUACAGUUCAAGAGAACCCCACCUAAAGUACCCUACAAGGCAAUUGCCCUGGCAACGUUCCUAUUUCUGGUGGGCUCUUUAUUGAUUAUUGUUGGAUCACUUCUAUUGGCAGGAUACAUUGAGGUUACGUAUCCAGAUCGCACGAUUCCAGUUCUCAUCAUCGGCAUACUUAUCUUUCUUCCUGGAUUUUACCAUCUUCGGAUUGCUUAUUAUGCUUCCAAAGGUUACCGUGGUUACUCUUAUGAUGACAUCCCAGAUUUUGAUGACUAAAUGGAUCUACUUACACUGAAUGCUGUUACUUUUGUGUGUUUUUCUGAAUCUGUUGCAUGUGUUGCCUUCAGACUUUUAUUGUCUAUUUACUCGCUGUAAGAGAAACUAUGGUACACUGUGGCCUGGCUGAGCUUUACUGAGCUGAAUACCUUUAUUUUACCAAAAGGAGAAAAAAAGUGCAAUAUUAAUCAAAAUAGAGGAUUUAUAUUUAGAUAAAUACAUAAAAUGUCAACAACAAAUAUGCUGAUAUUUUCAUAGCUUUUUGUAAAACUCUAUUUAAAAGAAGUAUUGUUUAGAAAGCAAGGAAAUGCAUAUUUUUUUGUAAUGGAGCAUGUGUUAUUUACUGUUUAUACUACCAGUAAAACGUUUGGACACAAUUUUUGUUUUAAAUUUAAUUUGUACGCUAUUUGCAUGUACUGCAUACAUACAUAUAUUAAAAUAUAACAAAAAUAUAACAACAUUUUGUACAAAACUCAUACAAAAGUUUGACGGAGAUGGCCACCUUAAAAUUCUUCUUUAUAAUCUUGACUACAUUUAAAAAAUCAAUAAAUAUAUCAUUAAUACAUAAAAUGCCCUUUGCUAUUCCCUCCCUACCCUAGCCUUUAUUUUUUCAACAGUGUGAGAACCUUUAUGCAGUAUUAAUAUACAAUGUAAAUGUAUUGUACACCCACACAUAAGAAAAGAAAAGCAAAGUAAAUGUAAGUUUCUUCCAGAGAUGUUUUUAAAGCAUCUCAGAAAUGUACUUUUGGGACCCCCUCGAAAAUGAGAUGGCUCAUCUCAAGGGGCUAUCUUAUUCAAUAAAUUCAAAUUCAGAUUCACCUCAUAAAGCAUAUACUGUAUGAUAUAUCAUAUUUAUAGUUAUUUAUAAAACAAUUAUUUGUUUCUUUUGUUUCUCUUUUAGUGUAUAAUUACCUUUUUAGUUUAUUAUUAGAAUUAACUUUUAUAUAAAUGUAGUAAAUAUUAAAAUAUGAUUUACUAUAUAAAAUACAGUAAAUAGUAAGAAUCAAAUUCCAGCAGAUGUGUCCAAGCCUUUGACUGGCAGUCUAAUUGCUGUAGCAGUAUUGUAUUAUUGCUGUUGAUGAAUAAACUGGUUUUAUUCA